CCGUCGCUCCCACCAAUCCCAGCCUGUCCAGGGGUGUGGCUGCCGGCUGUCCUCGCGACUUCUGCUGUCCCCCUUCUGCCGGGCUGCUCCUGUCGCGAGACUUCCUGCUCCUCCGCCGCUCCCUUUACCGUCGCCUUAGCCGGGGACCCGGACCCAGCCUCUCCCCCCACCCGCUCACCGGCCCCGGCUCCACCGAGGCCUCGGUCCCCCAGCCCCGCCUCGCCGCCGCCAUGGCGGACCCUAAAUACGCCGACCUCCCCGGCAUUGCCAGGAACGAGCCAGAUGUUUAUGAAACCAGCGACCUCCCUGAGGACGACCAAGCAGAGUUCGAUGCGUUUGCACAAGAGCUGGAGGAGCUGACCAGCACAAGCGUGGAGCACAUCAUUGUCAAUCCCAAUGCUGCCUAUGACAAGUUCAAGGACAAGAGAGUGGGAACCAAGGGACUUGAUUUCUCAGAUCGCAUUGGAAAAACGAAGAGGACAGGAUAUGAAUCUGGAGACUAUGAGAUGCUGGGAGAGGGUCUGGGAGUGAAGGAGACGCCUCAGCAGAAGUACCAGCGACUGCUGCACGAAGUGCAGGAGCUGACGACGGAGGUGGAGAAGAUCAAGACGACAGUGAAGGAGGCGGCCACAGAGGAGAAGCUGACCCCUGUGGUGCUGGCUAAGCAGCUGGCAGCCCUUAAGCAGCAGCUGGUGGCUUCCCACCUGGAGAAGCUGCUGGGACCCGAUGCUGCCAUCAACCUCACUGACCCGGAUGGAGCCCUGGCUAAGCGCCUGCUGCUGCAGCUGGAAGCGACGAAGAACAGCAAAGGGGCUUCAGGGGGAAGGAGCACAGGCGGGACCCCUCCAGAGAGCAGCCUCGUCACUUACGAGCUCCACUCUCGGCCUGAGCAGGACAAGUUCUCACAAGCUGCCAAAGUUGCAGAACUUGAGAAGCGUCUAACAGAGCUGGAGGCCACUGUCCGCUGUGAUCAGGAUGCUCAGAACCCCCUUUCUGCAGGUCUGCAGGGAGCCUGUCUGAUGGAAACAGUAGAACUGUUGCAGGCCAAGGUGAGCGCCCUGGACCUUGCAGUUCUGGACCAAGUAGAGGCCCGGCUGCAGAGUGUCCUGGGAAAGGUGAAUGAGAUUGCCAAGCACAAAGCCUCUGUGGAGGACGCAGACACGCAGAGCAAGGUGCAUCAGCUUUAUGAAACCAUACAGCGCUGGAGCCCCAUCGCCUCUACCCUCCCCGAGCUGGUGCAGAGACUAGUCACCAUCAAGCAGCUCCAUGAGCAAGCUCUGCAGUUUGGUCAGCUCCUGACACACUUGGACACCACUCAGCAGAUGAUUGCCGGCUCCCUGAAGGACAACACCGCGCUCCUGAGCCAGGUGCAGACAACUAUGCGUGAAAACUUGGCCACGGUUGAGGGGAAUUUUGCCAGCAUCGAUGAGCGGAUGAGGAAGCUGGGGAAGUGAGCAUGUGGAGAGCUGAGAACAGGGGUAACCCGUGCCCAAGCUCUGUGAGAGGCUUCCACGGGGCUUCCCCUUCAUCAUAACUCCCAGCCCCAUCCCACUUGACAAAGGGAGGGGUCUUGCAUGUGGGGUGUAGACCCCUCCCCUGACGAAUAGGAUGGUAGCUGGGGCUGUUAGAUGGGAGUCUGUCCUCAGGCCCAGUGGAUGAGGAUGUGGGCCUAGCCACAAGCCAGCUCAUGUCCAAUAACUGCUUUGCCUGGUGUGGGGGAGGACUGGAUCCUGUCCUCUAACACAGCUUCUGUGGCUGACUAGGAUUCUGUACAACUGUUUCUGACUAUUAAAUGCUGUUGUACUGUGUAGCCUCUGCUGUUUCCUGGGUUUCAAAGAGGAAGCACUGAGACAGACGUGCAGAGCAUAACAGUCUAAGCCACACUAUUAUGAGACUAUUUCAGCUGUAAUCUGUUCUUACCAAAGAACUAAAUAAAAAUGAUACAGAGCCAGAA